AUGUCCUGGCCACUGCAAGCACGAACUGGAGCGGCCGUAUGGCCUCGGAAGAAUCCGAGCUCAGUUACAUCCGGCUCGACUGAUUCACCCCGUCCGCUUAGGCUCUGUCAGUCACCUUUGACUAGUAGCAGUCCAACACCGGGAUCCCCGAUGAGCGGACUGGAUACUACGAGGACAUCGCUAUUCAGUAUCGAUCCAUCAACACCAAAAGAGGGAUCCCUACCCUCGACACCCAAUGCAGGAUCGCCAUCGUCAACACCACCGAAGGCCCCUAGGAAGUUCAACCGGCCUUUCAGUCAACAUGUAUACGAAGAACCAGUCCGGAACUUACGUUACUCGAAGCCCGAGUUUGUUGCCUCGGGCAUAGCUUCCUACAACAAUGAAGCUGAGGUAUCCCAGGCCAUGCUCUCUCUAGGGCAACAGAUCCGAUCCAAGUCAGAAAAUCCUAGUCGGAGAAAACGUCGCCCGCAGCAGGAAGAUCAGCCAUUCGCGGCCUGGAAGCACAAAGAUCCCAUGUACGCCCACCCAUAUCUGGGGACCUCGAGCUCAAGCCUGCAGACGUCGCCCGUCGACCGUGGACAGCGCGCACGCUCUAGUUCCGUGCCUUCUCGGUUUUGCCAUAAGGAGCCUUUUCGGAGGGCACGUGGCCUGCCUUGCGAUGUUGAUGAGGCGAGAAGUGCCUUGAUGGCUAUGUGGCUCCAUCAGGAGCAGCUCCAAAGUCGCUACGCCGUUGGAGAGGGAAAGGGCGAGGGUGUUGUGCUCAAGCUUGGUAGGGACAGUUUCACUUGCUGCCCUGCAACUUUGAAGGAUGAGCAUGACGGCAUUUUCGAUGCUGUCCAGAAGAUGAAUGUUCGAUGUGCAAUUACUGUCAAUACAAUCGUCACACGAGCACUUGUCGAGAUUCUCAAGCAUCAAGAGCUACAUUCGAUGCCUCUCGAGGGUGGAUUACAGGUGCAGGCUAUGAAGUCCAUCAAAGAUCUGCCAGGAUGCCAACUAAAUCAAUUCGCAGCCUUUAUAGAGGACAGGCAGAUUCUUGUUGUGUGGGACGACGACCCAAAGACCAUCUUCGACCGCGCAAAGAUGCUUGAAAAGAAGGCCAUGGCCCUUGUCUGGCCGUCCGACAAGCGCCAUUCGGUCGACAUUAUGAUCGCAGGCCAGGACGGCCAAGGCAACAGGACAAAGAAUGCUGGUGAUGACCACACGAUAGCUAGCAGCCAGCAAGAUGUAGAAGAUACCUUGCCGUCCCACCAGCGGCCAAUCAAUCUUACUAGCAGCUGCAUCGUGGCAAUGUCGCUAACGCUUUGCAUCAGCGCCCUGGGCUUGGGAUGGAGAUUGCUUGCAAGGGACAGCACUGUUGAUGGAGACUGGAAAAGGCUUGUUUUCCUGCUUACUGCUCCCGUCAAUCUGUUCAUCAGUUUGUUCUUCUUCUACUCGUUGGUAUCCAACUUCUUUCUAAUGCUAGGGUCAAGCAAGUCCGUCAAGAGCAACUCAAAGUACUACUCAGGGCAACGACUACGGAGUAGCGCAGUAGCGUGGAAGGGUAGGCUUUUACCGCACGUUACGAUCCAGAUGCCCGUCUAUCGCGAAGGCCUGAUGGCCGUUAUCAAGCCAACAGUACUUUCUUUAAAGACAGCAAUCUCGAUAUACGAGAUGCAGGGCGGCACAGCCAAUAUAUUCAUCAACGACGAUGGCAUGCAGCUUCUCUCUGAGAGCAAGGCACAAGAGCGACGAGACUUUUACGACGAGCACAACAUCGGCUGGGUGGCAAGGCCAAAACACAACCCACCAAGCUCAUCUCGACCGUCAGGCAACAUUUUCGAAAAACUCCAAAGGCCACUAAGCGAAAGUGACGAACAUAUAGUCGAUGCGAUAGGUGACGGUGUCAAGCCUGGAAGCCCACACUUCAUCCGGCGUGGCAAGUUCAAAAAAGCGUCCAACAUGAACCAUUCGCUGCACAUCUCCAACUGCGUCGAUCAGAAGCUCGCCCGUGUGGCCAGACCCCAGGAAAGCUGGAGCUGGGCCUUGGAGAAUGCCGCAUACAACUCGUCUCUUGCUGAGACGCUGGCGGAGGAUCCACACGGCACAUGGGCCUCUGGCAACAUCCAAAUGGGAGAUUAUAUCCUCAUUGUAGAUUCGGACACAAGGGUCCCUGCAGAUUUCCUCCUGGACGGUGUUACCGAGAUGGACCAGUCUCCCGACGUUGCCAUACUGCAGUACACCUCAGGGGUGUUGCAGCUGACAGACUCGUACUUUGAAAAUGGGAUCGCCUGGUUUGCAAACCUGAUAUACUCAGCAAUAACCUUUGCCGUCGCUUCAGGCGAUUGCUGCCCAUUCGUCGGCCAUAACGCCUUGAUUCGCUGGUCAGCCAUCCAAGACUCGGCAGCAUACCACGACGAAGCGGACGGUCGCGAGAAAUACUGGUCAGAAUCUAAUGUCUCGGAAGACUUUGACAUGGCGAUGCGGCUACAAAUGGCUGGCUGGACGCUACGCUACGUCGCAUACACCGGCACCGCCGCCGCGGCGGCCGAGUACGACCCGGCGGCCAAGUCUUUCGCCGAGGGGCUCAGCCUCACCGUCUACGAUGAGCUCGCGCGCUGGGAAAAGUACGCUUACGGCUGCAGCGAGUUGCUCUUCAACCCACUGUGGCAGUGGCCGACCAGAGGGCCCUUCACCAGGCGGUUUGUCAGCUUUUUCCUGUCUCCCAACAUCCGGUUGCCGGUUAAGAUCACCGUCAUCAGCUACAUGGGUACGUACUUUGCCGUCGCCGUCGCGUGGAUAAUUGCCCUGUUCAACUUUUUCUUCAUGGGCUUCUUUUCGGGCCUGUACCGGUCGUUUUAUCUCGACGCUUUCGCCAUCUACAUCUCGCUGCUGUUUGUGUUUCCAUUCAUGGGCAACGUCGCCCUCGCGGCGCAUCGGUAUCGGUUGGGACAGAAGAGCAUAGUAGGGGCUUUAUUGGAGAACUUCAAAUGGGUUCCAAUGUUCACAAUCUAUCUCGGAGGAAUUCCAAUCCACAUGUCUCAGGCCAUCGCCGCCCACCUCCUCGACAUCGACAUGACCUGGGGCUCGACCGCCAAGGAGGUAGAGGAGGUCGGCUUCGUCGACGAGAUGGCCCGCGUACUGCGCCGCUUCAGGUGGACCUUCCUCAUGGUCCUCGCCGGCGUCGCCCUCAUCCUCGUCUGCCGCUUCCUCCUGCCCCGGGAGUGGCAGAUCACCGAGUUCUUUGCCAUCUUCCCCCUGGCCAUGGUUCUGUUUUGCCACGCUGCGCUGCCGGUUGUGUUGAAUCCUGCUUUGAUGACUUUUUCUUGGUGA